GUUUGAUUUUAUUAUUAUUUAAGUUUGUUUUUUUUUUUUUGUUUUUUUUUUUUUUUUUUUGUUUGUUUUGGUAUGGGCUGACACAGCCAUUAGAAAAAAAUCCUCGUGUUUUUCUGGGAAAAAACUGUUCCAAGAAGCCCUAAAGAUUUUUUAUCUAAAACACUGAUCUGCGUCUUGACGCACUGCCCUGGACUGUUUUUGUGUGUGUGUGUGUGUGUGUGUGUGUGUGUGCUUAAAAUGGACUUAGAGGACCUGCGGUGGAGGGUGAAAGGGAUCUACCAUCUGGAAACAACACAGUGACAAAACUAGAACAACUAAGAUAGAUAAAACCGGCAUGGCCUCAGUUCUGGACAGCGGCUGCUCCAUGGAGCUGAACAACUGGAACAGCAGUGUGAGCAGCUCCGGAGCUUCUGUGCCCUGCAACCAGAGCGUCCGAGCGCUCGCCCCCUAUACGCCUGAAGCCACGGCGGCCUUCGCCACCGCCAUAACAUUGAUGGUCGUCUUCACCAUCGUAGGGAACAUCAUGGUCAUCAUCGCUGUUCUGACCAGCAGGUCGCUCCGAGGUCCGCAAAAUCUGUUUUUAGUAUCACUGGCAGCUGCGGACAUUUUAGUGGCAACGCUCAUCAUUCCAUUUUCACUGGCCAAUGAACUGCUUGGCUACUGGUAUUUCAAGUCUCUGUGGUGUGAGAUUUACCUGGCGCUAGAUGUGCUUUUCUGUACUUCCUCCAUUGUGCACUUGUGCGCCAUCUCAUUGGACCGGUAUUUGUCAAUCUCCAGGGUUACUUAUGGCCGUCAGCGGACUCCCAGACGGAUCAAAGCCGCUAUUGUGGUGGUGUGGCUCAUCUCUGCAAUCAUCUCCUUCCCCCCGUUGCUCUCACUUAACAAAAGUGAGGGAGGUGACUCAGGGAGUGAUAGAGGACCUCAGUGCCAGCUGAAUGAUGAGCGCUGGUACAUCCUCUACUCCACCAUUGGCUCUUUCUUCGCCCCAUGCCUCAUCAUGAUCCUGGUCUAUGUACGAAUUUACCAAAUAGCCAAACAGAGAACACGUUGCCCACCAGGGGAGCCCAGGAAGGAUGGGGUUGGCUGCGCAACACCAAGUCAGCCUCCACGACAUUUACAAGCCAAUGGGAAGAAUGAUGAAGACAGCACACCCCCUUCAUCCAAGAAAACCUCAAAUGCCAGGCCUCCCACCCUUGCUAUCACCCCUUCUCCAUCCCCAGGAGACUCAGAAACCCCCCCAAAUCCCACCACUAAUAAUCUCCUGCAACCUCCAUCCCCUUCUCCAGCCAUGUCUCCUGUCACAACCUCCCUUGAUACUUCUCCUCAUGGGCCCUUAACCCCCUCUUCUGUGCCCCAGCCUGCCCCCAAAACCAAGGAGGAGGGGAAGAAGGGCAAGCGUAAAAAAGCUGACAAUAACAAUGGAGACAGCUCAAGCACAGAGAGUGAUAUGGAGCACAGCCAUGGAGGGGGUCGUGGCAGCACCAGCAUGCCAGGGUCACCUGCCGGCGGGGGGAUUCAUUCUCCAGCUUCAGUCAAGCGCUACCGGGAUAUGAUCGCCACUUCAAAGGGGGCUCGGCUGGUGCCAGGGAGAAAGUCACAAAAAGACAACAACCCUGGGGCAGCAAGACGUAAGGCGAUGGUGAACAGAGAAAAACGUUUCACCUUUGUUCUGGCAGUGGUCAUUGGUGUCUUUGUGGUGUGUUGGUUCCCCUUCUUCUUCUCCUACUCUCUACAGGCGGUGUGUCCAGAGACCUGCCUCAUCCCAGAUCCACUCUUUAAGUUUUUUUUCUGGAUUGGCUACUGCAACUCCUCCCUCAACCCAGUCAUAUACACCAUCUUCAACAAAGACUUCCGAAAGGCUUUUAAGAAGAUAUUGUGCAGAAACACUAAGGGUACAUUUUUUUAGCAAAUAGACAAGAAGAAUAUAGACUUAAAAAAAAAAAAAAAAAAAAAAAAAAAAAAGAGGGUACUCAUGACAUUAGGCAUGAAAAAGCAAUCAUUUCCAUUUUUUCAAAAUACUUAAAGGGCUGUUUUAAAAAUAUGUUGGACUGUGGAAAUUUCUGCCUGCAUGAAAUUGAGAACUGAGAGACACUUUUGCAGCAACAGUAUCUAAAAAGGCAACUUGGACUGUGAAAUUUCUGCUUGCAGCUGAUAGACAUAAAUAUUUGCAGUGUGUCAGAUUAAAACAGGACAUGAAAAAGAAGCUAAGCAGGCGGACUCCUUUAAACUGCUUAGCACUUUGGUACUGCUGAUAAGAAUUUGAAUGCAACAUUUUAUCUCCAGAUCACAUUGACUAAUGGAUAAUACUGAAAGACAAAGUGGUGCAUCACUGAGAAAAUGUACAAAUUCUAUAAAAGCAAGCAGGAUAACACAUACAAAUAACUCCCCAAUGUGAAU